AUGAUAAAUGGGAGCUUGCAAACCAAUACGGGGCGGUACAUGUGGAGCAACAAUCAGGCUGACGUAGACCAGCCCCAACGGAUUCACCAGCUUCGCAGUCGUCAAAACGCCCUGGAUCUGUUCCGCUCGACCAAGAAUAUCCUCAAGAACUUGGUCAUGGAUUUGAUGCUCUGGAUAUUGGACACCACGAUUGCCAACCACACGCUAUGGCUACCCAUCGUGGAUAUUCGGCAGCUGCAAACCCACCCGGCGUCCUGCGCACAGAUGCUAAAGAAGCUCCUAGACGAGUGA